UACAGGUUGCCGUCUCCACAAAUAGGUCAGCAACGACACAAAUACCAAACUAUCCGAAUCUCCCCACUCAGUUGCUGUGCCAAGUUCACAACGUUACACUCCAUGCAGACAAAGAAACCGAUGAGAUCUACGCCCAGAUGAGCCUGCAGUGCGUAAAUUCUGAAAAGGAUGUAUUCCCUAUACCUGAUUUUGGACUAAAACCGAGUAAACAUCCGACAGAGUUCUUCUGCAAAACUUUGACGGCUAGUGAUACAAGCACGCAUGGCGGUUUUUCCGUUCCUAGGAGGGCGGCUGAAAAGCUUUUCCCUCAAUUAGAUUACUCGAUGCAACCUCCAUUUCAAGAACUAGUGGUCCGGGAUUUGCAUGAUAACACGUGGACUUUUCGCCACAUAUACCGGGGGCAGCCAAAACGGCACCUUUUGACAACUGGCUGGAGUAUGUUUGUUGGAGCAAAGAGGCUUCGAGCAGGUGAUGCGGUUCUGUUUAUCAGAGAUGAGAAAUCACAGCUGUUACUGGGUGUGAGGCGCGCCAACCGUCAGCAAACGACUCUGCCAUCUUCCGUUCUGUCUGCUGACAGCAUGCACAUAGGAAUCCUUGCUGCUGCUGCUCAUGCUGCUGCUAAUAGAAGCCCGUUUACAAUCUUCUACAAUCCGAGGGCAUGCCCCUCAGAAUUUGUCAUUCCGAUGCCUAAAUAUAGAAAAUCAGUUUAUGGUACGCAGCUCACUAUUGGUAUGCGAUUUGGCAUUAUGUUUGAAACCGAAGAAUCCACUAAACGGAGAUACAUGGGCACAAUUAUAGGAAUAAGCGACAUAGAUCCGUUAAGAUGGCCCAACUCGAAGUGGCGUAGUCUUCAGGUGGAGUGGGACGAGCCUGGAUGCGGUGAUAAGCAGAAUCGAGUUAGCCCUUGGGAAAUCGAGACUCCUGAAAGCCUCUUUAUAUUUCCAUCUCUAACUGCAAACCUCAAACGCCCGUUCCACUCGGCCUUCAUAGGAGCACCACCUGAGUGGGAUUCUUUGAUGAAUCAGCCUUUCCUCAGGGUUCCCGGAAAUCCACAUGGCGAGUUUCAGUGCCCCUCGGUAUCAAGCAUGUGGUCAGAGCAGUUACUGAAGAUGCUAGCAAAGCCUCAUGGUAUGAUGACUCCUAAUUCUAUGCAAGAGAUGAAAGAUGUUGCGUUCCAAGAACCCAAGUCUCUAAUGCAACCGGCCAUCAAUCAAAAACCCGAGAUGAUGGGGGCGCAGGACGUUUGUCUGCAAGGCAACACUCAUCCUCAGAGCUUCACCAGCCAGCCAUAUUUAACUAACCAGAGUAACUCACUACCAGGAAAACCUAACAUAUCCGGGAACCUAACAUCUCCGGGAUCUGGUCAUGAAAUGUCGAAAUUAGACUCUGUUCCCGCUGCUAAUAAAUCAGGUCAGUGUCGGUUGGAGGGGCAGCUCAUUGAAGAAAAACUGUCGGGUAAGCCGGUGAAUACACAAAGCUUCAACAAUGAUUUCAUGGUCACAAGCCAGAUUGGUGGCUCGGUGCCUCUCCAAAUGAGCUCGUGUGGAACACAAUCGCGCCUGGAGACGCAUGGUCUUCAAAAUCAACCGGUCGAUGCAUCCCAAGUAGAAUCUACUAAUGCCAAUGCCAAUGGUUUGCUUCAAUAUACCAACCAGGUCGAUUUUAGCCCGUAUCCUAUGAUGUGUCCGUCUCCUACUGGAUCAUUUAGAAACACAGGAUCUUUGUCCAUGUUCAAAAAACCCGAUCAGCCUCCCAUGUCAUCUGAAGUUGGUUACCCGAUGCUGCCUUCAGUCGGGCAAGAGUUAUGGGACGGUCAGUUCAGCAACCCCAAGUGCGCCGUCUCUGGAGCCAAUCUUCCGGUCCUGCUGACUCAACAUGACAUGUCGAACCUCCAGUAUAGUUCGAAUGCUUUGAAAGACUUGUCAGAUGAUAACCACAACCAAAGUGACAUAUACAGUUGCCUCAAUCUUGAUGGAAGUAACAGCGGGAGCACAGUGAUCGACCCUUCUGUUUCGAGUACCAUCUUGGACGAUUUCUCCGCCCUAAAGAACAUGGAUUUUCCGAACCCCUCAGAUUACAUCGUCGGGGGCUUCUGCUCAACCCAGGACGUCCAGUCCCAGAUCACGUCGGCCAGCUUAGCUGACUCCCAGAAUUUCUCCAUACAGGAGUAUGCUGACAACUCGGGUGGGGCAUCUUCGAGCAAUGUGGACUUUGAUGACAACAAUCUCCUGCAGCAGAACUCCUUCCAGCAAGUUACUCCAAGAUUUCGAACGUACACAAAGAUUCAAAAGGCGGGAUCUGUGGGGAGGUCGAUUGAUGUGUCGAGCUUCAAAGCCUACAACCAACUGCGGUCGGAGAUUGAACGCAUGUUUGGGCUGGAGGGGCUGCUGAACGACCCCGGGUCUGGAUGGAAGCUCGUGUACGUGGACUUUGAGAGCGACGUCCUCCUCGUUGGAGAUGAUCCGUGGGAGGAAUUUGUAGGGUGUGUGAGAUGCAUAAGGAUUCUGUCGCCGUCGGAGGUGAAGCAGAUGGGGGAGGAGGGAAUGCAGCUGCUCAACUCUGCGGCAUUGGAAGUGAGCUGCGGUAAGGAAUGAAGAAACCAUUUGUAUUCAGAGGAGAGAGGAUGAUGAUGAACUCAAGUUACUAUGUUGUAGGAUUAUCAUAUAAUAGUAUAAAAUUUGUCCAAGUUGUCUGAAAUCAACAGAAAAGUUCCCAGAUUUUGUUCCAAAUUUUACUUUCAGUAAA